CGACCCCUCUAUAUUUUUUCUUCCUCAUUUACACUCGCUUCCGUUUGCUUGCCUGAUUGCCUAUCCUUGCUAUCCAUCACCUGAUUUUGCAAUUAGCCUCUGCUUUUCCCUUUUAGUUAAUUAUCAUCUGUUUGGGUUGUGUUUUUCUAUUUUAUUUUUAUUUUUUUCAAUGAGAAAGCCUUGCUGUGAGAAGAAAGAGACUAACAAAGGAGCAUGGUCUAAACUGGAAGACCAGAAGCUUAUUGAUUACAUUCAAAAACAUGGUGAAGGUUGCUGGCGCUCUCUUCCUCAGGCUGCAGGGUUGCUACGUUGUGGUAAAAGUUGUCGAUUGAGAUGGGUAAACUACCUAAGGCCAGAACUUAAACGAGGCAAUUUUGCCGAAGAUGAAGAGGACCUCAUCAUCAAACUCCAUGCACUCUUAGGAAAUAGGUGGUCAUUAAUAGCAGGAAGAUUACCAGGAAGGACAGACAACGAAGUGAAGAAUUACUGGAAUACUCACGUAAAAAGGAAACUAUUGCAGAUGGGAAUUGACCCAAACAAUCGUCGAUUGGUACUCUCUAGUGUAAUAACCAAAACGAAUAUGUCAAACGAGUCCAACUCUGGCGCUGUGGAUUCCGUCAGCUAUAAUAACAAUCAACACUUGAAUUCUGCAUGUGGUUCAGAGGCGGAGGAGAGCAACACAGUGAUUAGCAGUUUGCCAGACUUGAAUCUCGAUCUUACAAUAGCCCCUCCGGUAAUUGAAGAGAGGCAGAUAAUUGGGUCUAGUCAAGUGGAAUGCGCUGUCUACAACCCAACUUCUGUUCUUAAUUAA